UGCAAGACCACGCGUUUUCCAAGGAACUGAUUUCUCGCAGUGGAACCCGCCAAAGACCAUGGAGUUGGAAAACCAAGUAUGCAUUUUCCAGUCAACAAAGAACAAAACACCCCAAAUUCCACGCCAAUAUUGGUCUUUCUCAAACAGUAAAGUCUAGUCAACUCCACUCUAACCUUUCAAUUUCCAAUAUGCAUAUGAUUCUUGGCCUGCCCUUUCAAAUUCUUGCACUUGUAUACUCGUCUUUACAUGUGUUUAUGCACUUCUUUCACCCACACACAAGAAAGUUUAUUGAGAGCCAAAAUGAACAGAUUGAUACUUUGGAGUUUAUUGAUCUCUCUUAUAAUUAUUUGAGCUCAAUCCCAGGUGGGUUCAUCACUGAUUGUGGAGAGAUUAGUGGAUUGAAAUUGUUGAAUUUUAGUGUGAAUAGAUUGGUUGGUUCUUUGCCUAAUUUCAAUCGUUUUAGGAUGUUAGAUCACUUGGAUUUUUCACAAAAUUCACUAACUGGGGAAAUUGAUUCACAAUUUCUUGAAUUGGAUUCCCUCAAGAGUCUGAACCUUAGCCAAAACAAUUUCACAGGGGCUAUUCCUAUAAACCUAGGAAAAUUGUAUCUUUUAGAGGAACUACAGCUUUCCUUCAACCAAUUCACUGGUGGUAUCCCUUCACAAAUCUUAAAAUAUGGAAAUUUGAAUUUGAUCGAUCUUAGUCUUAAUAAAUUGUCAGGAUUAAUUCCUGAUGAAUUUGGAGGGCUAUCAAAGUUGAAAAUCUUGAUACUGUCUAUUAACGAUCUGAGUGGUGGGAUUCCCAAUUCACUUUCGAAUAUUUCUACACUGCUCCGAUUUGCUGCAAAUCAGAACAAGUUUAAUGGGACUAUCCCGCCUGGGAUGACCUCUCACCUCAGAAAUUUAGACCUUAGUUAUAACAGCUUGACAGGUACAAUCCCAUCUGAUCUCCUGGCCAGAACAAAUUUGCAGUCUAUUGAUUUGUCUUACAAUAAACUGGAGGGUUCGAUUCCUGAAAAUAUUCAUACAAGACUGUUUAGGUUGAGGCUCGGAGGGAAUUCUCUCAAUGGAACACUCCCAGGUGAAUCACUGGGAAGCCUUGGGGAGUUGACAUAUUUGGAGCUUGAUAACAACAACUUGACUGGAUCAAUCCCUCCUGAAAUCAGCAAGUGCACGAAUUUGGCACUGUUGAAUUUAGCCAGAAAUGGAUUGACAGGUCCUUUGCCUACAUCGUUGGGUAAUCUGGCCAACCUUCAAGUUUUGAAUCUUCAAUUGAACCGUUUUGUUGGAGAAAUACCUACUCAAAUUACAAUGUUGCGCAGAUUGCAGAGGCUUAAAUUAAGCUGGAAUUCAUUGAGUGGUUCUAUACCGGAUUCAUUUUCCAACUUACGGAAUCUCACCAACUUGGAUUUGCAAGGAAAUCAUCUUAGAGGUUCUAUACCUGAUUCCAUUGGAAACUUGGAUAUUCUAUUAGAACUUCAGCUUGGAAAAAACCAACUUAGUGGGCACAUUCCAGCAAUGCCACAGAGUCUGCAAAUCGCUUUGAAUCUCAGCUACAAUCUCUUUGAAGGGGAUAUUCCAAUUAGUCUAUCAAGGUUGACUUCAUUGGAGGUUUUAGACCUCUCGAAUAAUAGAUUUUCAGGCGAGAUUCCGAAGUUCCUAACGCAAAUGCAAACGUUAACUCGACUGGUUCUAACAAAUAAUCAGUUGACCGGAAUGGUUCCACAGUUCGGAAAUUUUGUUGAUGUCAACUGGGGAGGAAAUAAGGAUCUGAUUAAUUCUACACAAAAUCUGCCACCUGCAUCUCAAAGGAAGAGAAAACCAGUUGCCUCUGGUGCUAUUGUUGCAUCUGCGGCUGCUGUCAUAGCUGUUGGUUUAAUAACCUUAAUAUCUUUAUUAAUUUCGAGAAGAUAUUACAGGAUUAACGAUGAACACUUGGACCCAGGAGAAGAAACUGCACAACCCCAAGUCGUCGGAGAAAAAUUGUUGACUACCAACAGCAUCCACAGAUCGAAUAUUGAUUUUUCAAAAGCCAUGGAAGCAGUGGCAAACCCCUCCAAUAUCUUCUUGAAGUCGAGGUUCUCAACUUACUAUAAAGCCGUCAUGCCAUCUGGUGUAAGCUACUUUGUGAAGAAACUUAACUGGAGCGACAAGAUAUUCCAAUUGGGAAGCCAUGAAAAGUUUGGUGAAGAGCUGGAAAUUCUUGGAAAGUUGUGUAAUUCAAAUGUCAUGAUCCCCCUGGCAUAUGCGUUGACAGUCGAUAAUGCUUACCUCUUCUAUGAAUUUUCCCCCAAGGGUACACUUUCUGAUGUUCUUCAUGUUGGUUCGGGCAAUAGUUCUUUGGAAUGGGCAAGCCGUUACAGCAUUGCUAUUGGAGUAGCUCAGGGCUUAGCUUUUCUCCACGGAUCCAACUCCAGCCCAGUUCUCCUCUUCGACCUUUCCAGCAAAACCAUUAUGCUUAAGUCCCUAAAUGAGCCUCAAGUUGGAGACAUUGAGCUUUGCAAGGUGAUUGAUCCCUCAAAGAGCACAGGCAGUCUUUCAACUAUUGCUGGUUCUGUUGGUUACAUCCCUCCAGAGUAUGCAUACACAAUGAGACUCACAAAAGCUGGGAACGUCUACAGCUUCGGUGUUAUUCUCCUGGAGCUGCUGACAGGAAAGCCACCGGUAAAUGGAGGAACUGAGCUAGCCAAGGCGGUGUUAAGCAACUCAGCACAGCAAAAUAAAUGGGAUGAAAUUCUUGAUUUCAGUGUGAGUAAAACAUCAGCAGCUAUUACAAGACAGAUGUUAGCAGUCCUUAAGGUUGCUUUAGCUUGUGUUAGUAUUUCACCGGAUGACAGACCGAACAUGAAAAGCGUUCUUCGAAUGCUACUAAAUGCGAGGUAAUAAAGUUUAAGA